AUGGGCACUUAUAUAUCCGAAAAGAUGCUACAUGAGCUCGAACAUGCUCUUUUGCAGCAUGUAAAAGUAGACAAGGAGGAUGCGCAUUUGAGUCUUUUUGUGGAAUCGUUACUGCACCAUAUCGAGAGUAACUCUGUUGUUGGCUAUCCAGACUCCAGGAGCCAUCACCAACGUCACCUACACUCUCCCCCCACACACUCCUCUCUCAUUGAGGAGGCCAUGUUGUCGGUUAAUGCUGGUAAUGAAGCUCGCCAAAGGCUCAGCAAGCUUUACACUGUGGUGGAUUCUAUAGUGGAACAAACAGGAAAAACACUUUCGCGAACACAAGAAAUUUUGACCCACUUGGAGAACCAGGAGGAACAAGAGAAGGAGUUCCUUCAACAAGUGAAACAGAACAACACUGACACUCUCCGAGAAGUAGCGGCACUAACCAGGUCAAGCCUCGACACUGACAUUGACCUACUAAAUUCUAUUGCAAACUGGAAAUCGUCAUGA